AUGUCGAAAUCGGCUAGAGUCCUGUACUGGUUCCGCACCGACCUUCGGCUGCACGAUUCACCCGCUCUGCAAGCCGCACUCGACCUCAAGCCCGCCGCUCUCUUCCCAGUAUGGUGCUGGGAUCCCAACUACGUCUACAAGCACCGUGUCGGCAUCAACCGCUUCCGCUUCCUGCUCGAGUCGAUGAACGCACUCUCCAAGAACAUCACCUCCACUCAGUCCAAUUCGCAGCUCCUCGUCGUUCGCGGUGAACCUACUGAGCUCCUACCAGAGCUGUGGAAGCGAUGGAACAUCACACAUCUCGUCAUCGAAAAGGAUCCUUCCGCCUACGGAAGGAGGAGGGACAAGCUCAUCCGCGAAGCUGCAAAGAAGAGCAAGGUCGAAGUGGUCGCCGUCCAAGGUCAUCACUUGUACGACCCUGAGGAGGUUACCAAGAGGAACAAGGGGAAGCCGACAAUGUCGAUGAGCACGUUGCAGAAGAUCGUCUCGGACAUGGGCGAUGUGCCCAAACCAAUCGAUGCACCGAAGGAUCUUCCUCUGCCCACUUUGAAGGACUCCAAAUCAAAGUCACUCAAGGACACCUUGUCGGAGCUGGCGAGAUCACUCGAAGGUCUGCCGCACUACACCGGCAAAGGUCGCGAGGGUCCCGAGUCCGUCGAUCUCAACUCGACCGAACUGGGUGGACAGAGGGACAAAAAGGUCACCUGCUACGAUACCGUCAACGGUGAACCCUCGGAGCUGUUCUCCGUUCCCACGCUCGCAUCGAUCGGUAUGGAUGCUAGCAAAGUCAAAGACACCAUCAAAGGAGGAGAGCCGGUCGCACUCGAAAAGCUUGCAAACAUCUGCAAGGAUGCUGAAUACGUGGCUACUUUUGCCAAACCCAAGACGUCACCCGGGCAGUCUGCCGAAGACCCAUCCACCACGCUGCUCUCUCCUUACCUAAAAUUUGGCUGUUUGAGCGUUCGCAAGCUGUGGUGGGACGCCGAAGAGGCAAAGAAGAAGUACAAGGGCGGCAGCAAAACCGGACCACCCGAAAAUCUGAACGGUCAGUUGCUGUUCCGUGACAUGUAUGCCUGUGCCGAGCACGCCAUCGGUGACGCUUUCCAACGCGUCAAGGGCAACGAAGUCUGUCGAUACAUGGACUGGUACCUCCCAACUCACUACGACAAGAACGGAGAAGUCGUCCUUCCCCGUCCACCUGGAGACGCUGUGAGCGAGGCACGCUUGUCCGCAUACAAGCUCGGCCAGACCGGGUUUCCGUGGAUCGACGCCCUCAUGCGCCAGCUGCGCCUCGAAGGAUGGAUGCACCAUCUCGGACGUCACUCGGUCGCCGCCUUCUUGACCCGUGGACAGUGCUGGAUCUCCUGGGAACGAGGUGCCGAGAUCUUUGACGAGUACCUCAUCGACUGGGACCCUUGCUCCAACCCAGGCAACUGGAUGUGGCUCUCCUGCUCUGCCUUCUUCACCCAGUACUUCCGUCUCUACGGCCUAGCCACCUUCCCUGCCAAGUACGAUAAAACUGGUGCUCUCGUACGCAAAUACUGCCCCGAACUGGCCAAGUUUCCAGACAAGUACAUCUACGAACCAUUUAACGCUCCCAAGGACGUCCAGCAAAAAGCGGGCUGCAUCAUCGGCAAAGACUACCCUUUUCCCAUGUUGGAUGAGAAGGCGACGAAGGGCGAAAACAUGGAGAGGAUGAAGAUCUGCUACCAGGCAAACUUGCACGGAACGAGCAAGGAGGUGCUCGAGGGAAAGGCGGACGACAUGUUGAAGAAGCAGCACGGCUUCAAGGAUCCACCCAAGGAGUUCGAUUGGAACAACCGCCCUGGCUCUAAGAUUCCUGAUUGGGCGAAAGCGCCCAAGGGCGAAGAGCAUACGACCAAGGGCGCACCCGGUGGAGGAAACGGUGCGCCAGUCAAGCACGAGGACGAUGGACAUGAUUCCGACGAUGCUGUGUACGAACAGGAAGAUGAGCAGAAGGAGGAGAGGGGGAGCAAGAAGCGCAAACCAGCUGUCAAACAGGAAGAGGGGAAGAGCAAGAAGAAGAAGUAG